AAAGAGAAGGAUAUGAGAAGACGAGGCAAGACUGCGAAGAGCUGGCGGCGGCACAGCUCUGAAUCCCAACCUUCUACUUGCGUUAGCAGCGACAACGACUCGGGCUCGGCCUGGGACAUAAUGGUGAUAACGACGGUGCCCGACCGACACUACCUACAAAUUCACCUCAAACAGCGGCGCCGUCCGAAUCUGGCGCCUUGAAAUGAAGACUAUCUCCCGCCCGUUGCGGCAUCCCAUCAGACACCGCGGCGGUGAUAGCAAUGGCGGCGAGGAUGAAGUCCCCGCGCGAAGAAACUGAGCUGGCGGAAACGGGCCAGCUGGGAGUCCUCUCAGGAAUAGAGGUGAAAAAUGUGGACACAAAUUGAUGCCAAAUGAGUUGAUUGCAUACUUGUUGUUAGGUGCCUUCAAGUCAAUUACGACCUUUGGUGACCAUAUGAAUCAGCAACCUCCAACAGCAUCUGUCAUGAACCACCCUGUUCAGAUCUUAUACAUAUUGUUCUUUUUAGAGAAGAAGUAGUGGAAAGUUUAAUUGCAUAGAAGAUAAUCUCACAGUGAAGACUUGACUGGACCUGCAAACUUCUUUUCAACACUGCAGUCAGUACUUCCACUGGUGUGUCUUUGAAUUUCAUAUUUUGAACAUAAACUAUUCUUUAUACCUGCUUUACAAAAAAAAAUGGAAUUUCAGUUCAACUUCUCUAUAGACAAUGCAGCAGAAAACAGAAUAGAGGCAGUUGGGAAUGGAAAGCAAAAAUUGGUACAGGAGUCUUUCGUCCUGUUGAACAAGCAAGAAAACACUUCAGAAAAGAGGAAAGAGGCUUCUUCAGAAGAAAAGAUAUCAAACCAGGAGCGUUUCUCAGAAAUACCUGCUAAUGUAGCAGGCUACAGCUCUUUGAGUAAAAGCAAGGGUAUGCCAAAGAAACACUCAUGGCCUAAAACCACCAAGGAACAUAAUGUUCCUAAAGAUUUGAGCAAAUUGUUAGAAAAGAAAGUUGUGAGGACCCUUCCUGGCACAUGCUGUAUAAAUAUUUCUGUGGUAGAGAUGGCACUCUUGGAAAACUCUCUUGGGGAAAACAUUGUGUCACAAAGUGUUUCUUCUUAUUCUGACCUAAUCACAGGUGUCUAUGAAGGAGGUCUGAAGAUCUGGGAGUGCACAUUUGAUCUCAUUGAUUAUUUGAUAGAAUCUGAAAUUAAGUUUGCACACAAGUUAGUUUUGGAUCUUGGCUGUGGGGCUGGACUGUUGGGAAUAGCUGCAUUAAAAGGAAAUGCUGAAAAAGUCCAUUUUCAGGACUAUAACAGCACAGUGAUUGAUGAAAUAACCCAGCCUAAUGUAUUGGUCAACUGCACUCAUCAGAAUGAUGACAUUAAAGGAAAUACUGAGCUUUCCCUAAAACAAUGCAGAAAAAAAGACUUUACCCAAGGCUUGCUCUCUAAAUGCAAAUUCUUCUCUGGGGAAUGGUUAGAGUUUACUAAUCUUCUGUUAAAUAGCAAUGAGCCCUUAGCAAAAUAUGAUCUCAUACUCACCUCAGAAACUAUUUAUAAUCCUGAUUAUUAUGAGGCUUUGCAUGAAACACUUUCAAGAUUACUGGAAAUAAAUGGCUGUGUAUACUUGGCUAGCAAAGCGCAUUACUUCGGGUGUGGAGGUGGAGUCCACCUUUUUACAAAAUUCAUUGAGAAGAAAAAUCUGUUUAAGUCUAGAACUGUUAAAAUUAUUGACAAAGGGCUAAAGCGUUUCAUUAUCGAGCUGGUAUUUAAGAACUCCCAUUAAUGUGUGUGUUAAUAAAUACUUUUUGUUGUUUUGCUUUCAUGGGGCUCCUGCUAACACAUUUAUUCUUUGUUCAUAGUUGUGUUCUUCUUGUAUGUCUCCUCUUCUGUCUCCCUGAUCCUAUUGCUCCCUCUUCCUUAGAAUCCUUGUCAGAAAUUCUCAUUUCUUUGACUGUGACUGACACUGCUUUUUUUCAUCUUUUUAUGCACAAGUCUACAAUCCACAUGCAUGCUCAAAUAGCUGUUAAUUUAUACUUCCAAUAACAUGAUUACUGCACAAAGAUAAAUCUGUCCAGGAGUACCAAGCCUCGUGCCCCCAAGACCUUUGUAAGCAGGGCAAAAUAGUAAUAGCUAUCCUAUCUGUCCUCUGCACCUGAUAAUCAAAACUAUGCUACCUCUAAUUUAUUUUUGUACAAGCUGCCUUUGGAAAGGUGCAUGCCUGUAAUGAAAUAUAUGUUUGAUUCUCCAGUCAGUUUAUGUUUGUGGAAGACAGUUGAAUUUUUGUAGUGGAUAAUGAUCUCCUGGAGAUGGGCAAAUCGGAGACAUUAAAGUGGGAGUGCACAAUUCUAAUUCCAUUGCGGACAGUUUUCUAUUUUCAUUGACUCAAGAGGGCCACAUAGCAAUGUUAGCUGCACUAUAUUCAUAUUGUUAUGUAAAAUGUGGCAGAGCAUUUUUGCUACAAUUUCUUUUUCUUUUUCACCCAUUCUGUAGUCUAGAGCAUGCAUUAUUAUACCUCUGCAGCUCUCACUAAACACCUUUCUCGUAAUCCUCAGUCAUUUUGUCUCUCCACUCCACAGUGCUGUUCUCUGUGUGUAUCCUAUGUGCAUGAUCUUUUCUAUCCUUGCACAGUGGUAGGCCAGCACCCACAUCUCUGUUGCCCACUUUUCUCUCUCAGUGUUUUCUCUGCCCCAGUUCUUUUUCCUCAUUCAUCUCUUAUCUCCCCUCCUUCUCUUCCUCC